UAGCAACGCAUAUUCAACCAUAAAUAGUUACUGGGGAAUUUCCACAGCGAAGGUAGAUAUACUCGGAAAUUGCUUAUCCGGGUCAGUUUGAGCAUUUACAAAAUUAAUCAUGGAUGCCGCACUGUGUGGAAUGACAGAGGUCCUCGGUAAAGAUGGCCCUGUAAAAGUUAGUGACCUUGUGAGUGGGAAAACUUGUGUAGGUCUGUAUUUCUCCGCCCACUGGUGCCCUCCUUGUCGCGGCUUCACCCCCAUUCUGGCCCAGUUCUAUAAAGAUCUAAAGGCCAAUGACCAAAGCAUUGAAAUCAUCUUCGUCAGCUCUGACAGGGACGAGGAGAGCUUCAAAAGCUACUAUGAUGAGAUGCCGUGGCAUGCCCUAGCCUUCAGUGAAAGAGAUAUAAAGAAUGCUUUGGCACAAAAAUACGGUGUACAGGGAAUUCCCACACUGAUCAUCCUGGAUAAAGACGGAAACAUCAAAGACAAAAACGCCCGGGGGACCGCCCAGAGCGCGCAAGGCAGCAAGGAGCUUCCUGCUGCCUGGAAAUAGACAAUAUAUUCAAUGUUUUCUUAUUGUUUCAUUUAUAAGAUGUUAAUUUAAAUGAACUUUUUGUAUUUGUAUUGUUUCAUUAUAUGAUAUUUUUUAUUGUUUCCAGACAUACUCAAAUGUAAUGUUUAUGUACGAAAUUAACAAAAAUGCAGCAUUUUUUAAUUAAUUGUAUUGAAAUAAAGCAUUUUUUAAAAUGUG